AUGAGUCAACCAGAGGAGACUAACUCGGGAGACUUUGAAUUUGUAUUCACGGAACUUGUUCAUUGUGUGGAUGACCCUGACGAGGCUGUACGCAUUGCAGUUCAGGCAUCUCUGAUUCAACUGAGCACAAAGGAUCCGGGGAAAGUUUUACGAUAUCUUCAUUGUCUACUUAGACAGCAUGCCAACGAGACUAUCGCGUCAAACCGAAUCAAUAUAUUUUUGAACAUCGUUGACACAAUACUCAAUGGGAAUCAAGGCAAUCUGCAACAUUUCAAAGCCUGUAGGGGAUUAAUCAAGACAGUUAGUAGAUUUCUUGAUCAGCAGAAAUGGCAGGCCGUACCAGCUAUUGUAGACCAUGCAUCCAGUAUUCUGGUCACUCUGAGUUCGGCCUUUUGUCGAGAGGUCGUUGAGCAUUUGCUAACGGUAGUUUCCACUGAGAAACACACCGCCCAAGGUGUAAUCGAGACAGCUGGACGAAUAGCUUCACAACACUCCCACGAUAUCAUGCACUUGCUCCCAGUUUUAUUGUCUCAAAUCAUGAACUACAUGACCCAGCCCACAAUCGAUGACACUGUCCGGACGUCGCUUGCAAACACGCUCGGACAAUACUGUGAAGCAGCUUUGGAGUAUCUGGCAUCAGCCCAAGAUGCACCAGAGACAUGGGACCUUGUUUUGGAAUUAAUAUCAUCCUCGUGUUCAUCCGCGGCGGACACAAUGCUCUCUGUUUGGCUCAAUGGCACAAAAGAUCCGAAGCUCAUUCAAGCCAUCUUUUACAAUAUUGGAUCGAUUGCCAGCUUAACGGAUCUCACCUACCUGGUCGCCCAUCUUUCCAGGUUGAUUAACAGCUUAACUGGACAAUUAAAGAAGGCUCACCCUCCACUAGAACAGGCUGUCGUCCAUUCUCUGAAUGCGCUAUUUGCAACUGUUGCUCGAAGGUGUUCUGUACUAAAGUUGGAUCACUCACACUCCAAAGACAGCAUCUCCUCCACUCCGUUGGGCAGUCCAGGCGAUCAGAUCACGAAAUUCUUCGAAGGAGAACUAGACAGUCUCAUGAACUGUUUACUAAACCAGCUGGUACAAAUGUCUCAGCGACAACUUGUUGCUGAAGUACCCGGUGCUGUUUCAGUCACUCAGAAGACUAUGAACGAAGUUAAAAGGGCAUUAGCAUCAUUAUGUACUACCUAUCCAGUACGUGUGCUCAAUUUCACUGAAUCUCACUUACAUUCGGGGUCAGACCUGUCGCGAUCUGUCAGUUUGAACUUGCUGCGCCAUUUAGUUUCCUCUUGCGACAGACUCUGUUUCGACGACCCAAUGCGCAAAUCCAUCCUGGCGAACCUCAUCCGUCUCCUGUUUCAGUCUAUGGCCAGUCCCACUCCCAUCCGUCGUGGUCCGAUGAAGCACAACUUAAUGGGUGCAGUGGUCAAAGCUUCGCCAGUCAGUCGAGAUCGAUGCAGUAUGAUAAUAGGCGAGGUGGCUUCUGGUGAUCGACUUCCUUCGUGCAUACGUUACGAAUUGGUGAAAAUCGUGCUAACACUGGGUAGUUUGGACUAUUUCGAACUGGAUUCGGGAACGCAUGUGUUUGUCGAGUACGUGGUUCGACAGUGUGCUUCUCCACUCACUCGUACGACGGAUAUCAGAGCAAACCGAAACUCGCCCAGUCAAGAGACAAUACGAAGUCUUUGCGUUCACGUGCUGAAGCUAAGUUCAACAACCGUACCGUCAAUGUACCCAACAUUAUGGCCGUUUCUUUUGGAGUUUCUCAUGGUCCAAGAAUGUACUGAAGCUGUUGGGGUAGUUUGUGACAGCAUCGCCAAUAUUCUCUCCAAAUCUGCGACUGACUUUGAUCCUUGGAAGUUUUUGUCUAGCCCGAGUCAUUUAACUGACGCAUCGCCAGGCAACGCCGAUUCGAAACUUACUAGUGUGCCAGCUCCGUGCACCCUCUUGGCUCGAUUGGCGGUGCUUCUUAGCCGGCCAUUUCACGGCAAAGGUCGUGGUCUCCCCAUACUCCGCGUGUUGCGGUGCAUGACGCGUUACUUUCACCAAAGUCUUCCAACUCUAUGGGAUGCGGUGAUCCCCCACAUGCUACUCUACCUCAACCAAGACCAGGACUUAUCAGAUGAUCCCUCUAUUACGGAUAAGGACGUUGGGUUGCGCAAACCACAACAGUAUCAUCAGAGUCACUGGGAAGGUCUGACAUUGAAGCUCUUAUCAAAGUCUAUAGACCUGGUGGAAGAUGACAAAUGGACUUUAGCCCUACUACGGUCCUUCGAAAAUCAGAUACCGUUUUACGAAAGCAUGAUGGAAGAAAAGAGCUUCCUGUUCCAAUGUAUCACCAUGACAUUAUGCAAGUUGGAUAUGGAUCAUGUUAUUGCUGAAUCGCUAGAGUUGGUAUUUCGGUCCACCAAUCAUGGAAUCCCUCUUGAGCAAGAAGGUUGCGUCGCUGCAUUGGGAAGGAUUGCUGCAACGCACAAUCAUGUGUUGUUCAAUUUCCUAUACAAUGAACAGGUGAAACUGGACUCUUAUGUCAGCUCCUCUGUUCCCAGUACUACUAACGGCACUCCUAGUAGUAUAGCUAAGCUUUCGAAGUAUUCGGGCUCAACCGUGUCCGUCGUCAUUCCAACUGGUUCACCCAAUCGUCGUCUGUCCAAUUUAUUUCGAUCCACAGUCUCCUUCAAAGCCUCUAGUCCUCCGUCACCUGGUGAAGAUCGGCCACUACCACACAACUUCCGCGGUUCGGUUGAACAGGCCAGGGCUACCAUCAUAUGGACUUAUGCCAGUGCGAUGGAUAAGAUGAGCCUAGAUGCAUUCAGCUCAUGUGUGGACACUGUUCUGAAAGCCGUGAUCUUUCCAGUCGUUCAGCAGAUGAAUGGAGUCCUUUGUCUUCAGGCCACAGUGACUGAACUCUGCAGCAGUAUCGCCAGAACCUUCCGGAAACACUUGGCUGACAAACCCGAGCCCUCUUUAAUCAAUCUGAGCAGUGCUAUCCACGACGAUCUCCUGCAGUCGCUUUUAAGAGUGCUUGGCCACGAGUUGUCGAUAUCUCAAUCUGCCGCCAUCUCUACUUCGCGGCCAAAAGGGGAUUCGGCGCCAUGCCUUUGCAUUCAGUUACGAUACGCCUUGCUGGUUACCGCUCUGGAUAUAACCAGUGACAGAAAAACCUCUCAGGUUACCGAGCUCUUACAGUCCACUGCGGGGGCUAUCCUCCCAGUUCUGAUCAAUUCUGGUGUGACGAUUCUGGACUAUUCAGAGGCAAUUUUAUCGUCUAUGGAGUCGAAACAGUCUGCUUUCACAAGUGCGGAACGUGUUUCACCAGCUCAAUUACUUCAGGACUCCGAUCCAUCUCUGUGGCAUUCGCGGUGUUUGACAAGUUUACAUCAGCUGUGGACCGCGCUGCUUCGUCUUCAAUGUUGUGAGGAGCUCAUUUCGGAAAUGUGUAAGGUACUGAUCCCCUAUCUCUACGAUCCGUCUUUCGUGGUCAAUGUACGUGCAGUAUGCUUAUUGAUCUCCAUCCUGGCCACUAUACUUUCGGAACUUCAACUGGUGAACAAGAACGCCUGUGCUCCAUCCGUGCUUGGCCAACUUGUGGGUCAUCUUAUCACAUCCCUCGGCAGUUCAACUGACUGCAAUCUACGGCGUCCAUCCAAAGUAGCCUUGCAGCUGUUGCUACGGAUUCAGAACCUUUUUCUCCUAACCGAUCCUGAAGUGACCGAAUCUGGUUUUCCCAAUCCACUGUCUACAGCGAUUUCACACAAUGGGGUGGCUAAGAAAUCCCAAGAAAAAGAUGACUUGGAUACUGGAAUCAAGCCUGCAGAUGUGCUCAUUUGUGAACUGGCUUACUCGUUCCCAAAACCUCAGUUGAAUGCCUUAGUGGAGUUCGUCGCCAACGGUUUAGCUACUGCACCGAAAACCGUCGAUGGCUUACAGAAGUCUCAUCAAAGCUCAGAUGAUGAUGAUGACCGGGAGGCAGAUGAGGAAGCUGCUUCGGAUUACUUUACAACACACGAACGUUCAGCGUCGGAAGACAACCAGUCUCCGGCUAGGGUGUUCAGUUUGAAGAGACUGAGAAAGCCCCGUGACGCAAAAUGCCAUCAGGAUACGAUCCGAAAUUCCCCUGUCAGCGAAGCAUGUGUUGAACUGAGAAAGUUGUACCGUCAACUAAAUCUGCCUCGAACAAGGCAAGGAUACUUGAUACGCUUACUAUGUGCUAUCUUAUACCACUGGGUUGGAGAGCUAGAUGAGGACCACGUUGGUGCUCUUCUGCGUACAAUUCACUGUGUCUAUCCACAUCUGAGCCAGUCAGAAGUCCGCGCUGGUCUGCUUCAUGUCACUGCUGAGUUGGGACGUCGAUGGCCACUGUUGUGUCUGCGCGUUAUUUCUGCCGGCCCUUUGCCAUUAGACAACGUUUGGUGUACGUUGCUGGCUUCGAUCGCAUUUUUGCCCGUUCCUGUUCACUCGAGUGCAAACACCUCGUCCGUGUUUUCUCUGAACGCCACUCUUCCUGAAGAACAUCACAUUGAGCAUUUGCCUACAUCUCUGUCCAGUACCGUCUUGUUUCCAAAAUUGCUGAUGCAUGUGCUGAAGAUGCUCGAAUGUUGCCAUCCGUAUGAGAGACGAGAAAUACCUGCGGAUGCCUGGACUGCCGCGGACAGGCGCUGGCUUUUAUGCGUUAGCGAUAAGCCAUUGCUUAAAGAGGCGAACUUUGCAACACAUCUUUGGCUUUCCCUGGUUGACUGCCUUCAGGUUUUGUCCUUCCCACGUCGCAUGACCGAACUUAUUCGAGAAAACACGGAUCCAAACGAAGGCGACGAGUCUCCAGUUGCGCCCUUACAUAAACCGACAACGAAGCAACGGGCGACACUGUUUCGUCGUUCAAUGUCGUCUCCGGAGUCUGCGAUUGUUACACCACGGCAUUACACUCCUUGUUCAUCUCCACUGGUUCAUUUGUUCGGCGACCCUCAACUUUUCUCUCUUCUCCUCGGUCAAUGGCUUCUGGCUUGUGCCACCGCAGCAAUCUGUCGAACGUUGACUGGAAAAUCCUAUGAAACUCGAUCUGGUGCCGAGGCCAAUUUAAAGCAGGGAGUCAGGCCACUCACAAUCGCGAUGCGAGGUCUCAGACAGUUUUUAAGGGCCUGUAACUGUACAUAUCUUGAGCAUUGCUUGACACUCUCCUUCGAUGCAUCUGGUGGAAAUUCAGAAUGUAGAGUUUCUUCCGAAAGCUCCAAUCCAUGGGACCCUGGCGAAGGUCUUUUGAAGACGGUUGACGACAUUGUUCGCUUUGUGGUUCAAGAGUUCCAACCUGAAUACACCUCUAGUCUUAUUCAAUUCUUCUCCAACCAUGUGACCUCCACCUACGAUGUUCGGCGGUUGAUUUCCACCAAGGUGCUAACGACGAUUUUAACACAUUUCGACGAGCUUGGUCCCACAGCCUGUUCGGAACCAUCUCUUAACCCGAUCAACCUGGAUCUCCUUUUGGAUCAUAUACUGAAACGAAUGAAAGAUACAAAUAAGGCCGUCCGUCAGGUAGUGGUUGCCGCAUUCGAUAAGAUCGGUUCUGAGGAUGCGCCUAAAAAAGCUUCUGACGGCAAUCCAUGCGUUCUGCUUAUUCGCCGUAAUGCUACUAAAAUCAUUCAAGGUCUUUUAUCCGUGGUGGAUGACUUGAACAAGGAAACGGAUAAUCCCAUACUUUUGUCUGCGCUGCUUAGUCUUUCCUCAGUUGUUUCCUUAGCAUCUGACUGUCAUUUAGGGUCGCUGUUGACCGAUCUCUGCUUGUGUCUGCUACCAGUCUACUCGAGUUCAUGUGCUCCGGUUCGGGCGGCCGCAUUUCGCCUGUUUGGUAUUGUAAUGCAGUUUGCUUGGGAACCAUCCUCAGAUCCCAAUAUCGGGUUACGCCCCUCGUCACUGUUUGAUGCACUGAGUGCCGAGGCCAACUCAGUCUUCAUAUCCAUGACGUUACAUUUGGGCGAUCCUGAUGAAAAUGUUGUACAAGUGUGCAAGGUCGCCCUAAAACAGAUAGGGCUCGUGCUUUUUGGUGCUGCGAAUCCUCCUGGCGAAGAGCUACACCAUCCGGAUUUGGUAUCUUGCUCCAAACCGGCAACUGGCUCGCGUCGUCUGUUUGAAUUCCUUCAAACCUGUCUGCGUCCAAAUGUUCGUUUACAUCUUGGAGAGUUUUACAAUGACCUGGCGCGCCUUCUGGUAUCCCUUCUUCCCGACCAUGUUGCUGAUUAUGCAAUGAGGAGCACGGUGUACUUGAAUUCGGACUUGGACGAGGUUCAAUGUAGUGCGCUACUUUUUACCAGUUCAUUGAUCUUUCACUCUACGGAUGAAAUACGCGCAAACUUUCCGCUAGCCCAAGUUUGCAAAGAUCUAACUCUAGGUUUACGAUCAGGUAAUCCCAUCGUGCGAGCCACUUCCGCCCAUGCACUGAGUCGCUUGUAUCGCGUUUGAUCUGCUGACCAAUCCACAUUACUGUGAUAUGGCAACACCCUGUGUUUUCUUUAUAUUUUCCACCCACAACCCAGAGAUCUGACUGUACCAAACGCUCUCUCAGAAUCCAAUUUCUACUGC